CCGACGAAUUUGUGCCGAACAGAGCCGAAGCGAAGCCGAACUACGACGAAGAUGAGACGAAAUUAGCCGAAGCUUUAUCAAACGUGAGCAGAACCGUCCGCUAUGAGACCUGCAGGAAGAGCUCAGCCAUCACGAUAGUAUAUAAGCAAAAUAAUUCAAAAAGGAUUAUAAUGUCUUAAUAUGUUUUAAAACGGCUCAUGUCAGUAGGUGUCCACUGAGCUUCCUGUAAGAUGUCUAUGGUCCUGUUUGCCUCUGUGGUGAGAGUGAGGGAUGGUCUACCUCUCUCGGCCUCCACGGACUAUGAACAGGAUAAAGGGCUUCAGGAGACCAAGAAACAUCUCAAGGGUCUGUCCAAAAAACUCAGCCAGUUUCCUGAUCGCUGCUCACUUAGAUCUGGCCUAUACAACAUCAAUGACUCAAUGGAUCGUUUCAUCUCUCAAACAGACGUUAACAUGGAGAGACACAUUGACAAAGUUUCUUCUUUCCUGAGUUUUACAAGCUCUCUCGGAGUUGGGUACAUGAUGGUUUGCACAGAAAACUAUCCUAAUGUCCUGGCCUUCAGCUUCCUGGAUGAGCUUCAGAGAGAGUUCAUUGUCACGUAUGACACCAAAAGGAUCAACAGCGCUUUGAGGCCUUUCUCUUUUAUUGAGUUUGAUAAUUUCAUUCGGAAAACCAAGCAACGUUACAAUAGCCCACGUUCCCUCUCCACCAAGAUUAAUCUGGCUGACAUGCAGACUGAGAUCAAGCUCCGGCCUCCUUAUCAGCUCUCCGCGGAGGACAUUGGAUCAAUCAACGGUUUCUCACAACACAAGCAGUCUAAAUAUAAAGGCAUAGCUCCUAAUCAAAUGUUGGAGGCCGUCACCCUGUCGGGUAUCGUCGCCUGCAUCCUAAGUGUCCUAUGCGGCGCUCUUAAUUUGCUGCGGGGUGUCCACGCAAUAGAAAGCGUAUUGCAGAACGAGGAUGAAGACUUUAAUUACGUAAUUGCUUUUUUCCUCGGAACCGCUGCCUGUUUGUAUCAGUGUUAUUUGUUCGUCUACUUCUCAGUUUGGAGGAACAUCAAAUCAUUCCUGGCCUUUGCUAUGAUCUGCCUAUGUAACAUGUAUCUGUAUGAACUGCGUAACAUGUGGCAGAUCCUCUUUCACGUGACGGUGGGUGCGUUCAUCACUCUGCAGAUACACCUGAGAAGACCGCAGGGCAAAGCACCCGACUACAACGUUUGACCCCCUUGAACUCUUUUAAGACUGCAGAACAUAGCCCAGCAUUUCAACUAUGAACCUGUUUGCACCAAAUCUGAGGACAAAAUAACUAAUUGUUUUGAUAUUGCUCAAGAAACACUUCCUGCUGUUUCACAUCCAAUUGAGAUCACAGAUGGGAAUCUGCUGUUUUGGUUAAAGCAAAAGUUCAUAACAGUGACUUCAUCAGUGCGCAAUAUUAGAUUCAUGCAUGAAAUAUUAAAGCAAAUUGCUAGCAGGUAAUUCAGAUGUGCACAAUUAAUAUAUUUUCCGAUAGGGAAGUGUUGUAGUUAUUUUUUGUUUUAAUUGACUUCAGUGUUUAAAGAAACAGCUCACCCAAAAAUGAAAAUUCUGUUGAAGAACGUGCCUGAACUCCAUACAAUGAAUGUGGAUGGUUACCAGGGUCUGUCAAAGAUAAAACACAAACAAACAAUAAAAGCAUCAAACUACUAUAAAAUAAAAUCGCAAAAUCAUUUGCAUAUUUUGCGAUAAAUGUAAUAUGUUGUUUCUAUAUACACAAUGAAAAUCUUUAUAUAUAUCAUUUUAUAUUCAUUUUUAAUUAGUCAUUUGCUAUGUUUCAUGGGAUUGUAGUUCUUUUACUCAUUUAAGCUGUUAAAGGGAUAGUUCACCCAAAAAUUAAAAUUCUGUCAUUAUUUGUCAUUAAAUGUUGUUCCAAACUUUCGUUCAUCUUCAGAUCAAAGUUUAACUGUGAAGAAAAGCCUAAAUUGAAAAAUUUUGAAAUGUAAAAGUUUGUUGCGUAGCUGUCUAUUGAGGGAUAGAAAGCUCUCAGAUUUUAUCAAAAAGAUUUUCAUUUGCGUUCCGAAGAUGAACGAAAGUCUUAGGGUUUGGAGCGACAUGAGGGUGAGUAAAUAAUGACAGAAUUUAAAUUUUUGGGUGAACUAACCCUUUAAGUGCACAGUAUUGUAAUUCUUUUUGUCCAAAUUUCAAAUAGUUUUUUGCUCCACAUAUAAAAGUUUGUAAUGUUGUGAUUCGCCUCGUAGUUGGUCGGUUUGGUUCAUGUAUAGCUCUUUAAUGAAGGCUUUUUAAAAUCACUAUGUGAAACAUACUUAAGGAACCAAGGCCUCUGAAAAAGUGGGCAUUGUUGCACUCUAGCUUCAUGUGAGAAACAGACCAAAAUGUAAGUUAUUAUUCAAUAAAAAUCUUGCUUGACA